AUGACGAAUAUACCAUUAUAUUCAUUUCUUUUUGCACAUUUGCAAAUGGAUAUACCCUAUACUAAUACAACUAUCCAUAUUUAUCCACCAUGGACUUCUAUUAUUUCAUAUGGAUCAUGUUUCUUAUAUAUAUUUUUAAUUACUAUUAUUUUUCCAUUAUUCACAUCGAAAUUAUCAUUAGAAUGGACAAAUUUCAUUGCUAAACUUCAUCAUAUUCUACUAUUCUUCUAUUCACUUUUUUCAUUUCUUGCUGCUUUAUUUUAUUUAAUAUCAACAAAUGAAAUAACAAAUUGGUCACAAUAUCUUUGUAAUCCAAUACCACCUUGGCUUCGUAUUGUAUCGAUUACAUUUACGUUAUCAAAAAUAUGGGAAUGGUUUGAUACAGCUAUUCUCAUAUGGAAAGGAAAUUCAUUAACAAAAAUUGGAUUUCUUCAUAUUUAUCAUCAUGCAACAACAUUCUUAUUAUUUUUAUGUGUGAUGAAUUUUCCGGGCGCAGAAAAAAGUGGUAUGCUAAUGAAUGGUUUUGUUCAUACACUGAUGUAUUAUCAUUUUGCUUUUCGUUUACCGAAAUUCUUACGACCAUUUAUAACAACAUUACAAAUUAUACAACUUUUUACAGUUAUGUAUAUAUGGAGCAUUGUGCCGAAAUCAUGUCAAGCGUAUAAACAUUUUCUUGAUGAGAAUAUUUUUGAAUAUUAUUUUCCUUCUGCUCUUGUACCCAUUUAUUGUCUGUUUUUCAUCAAGUUUUUUAUGGAACAGUAUCUUGUUUCAUCUUCGAAAAAGAUGAAAUCUUCUUCGCGAAAAACUGAAUAA